GAAAUCAACACAAACUACAGUCUUAAACAAUCAAAAGCUCCACAGAUCGAUCUAGCAAGGAUUGAGAGAUCCAAGACUAGUGAAGAAAGCUUAGUGCCCAAAAUGGGGAGAAGCCCUUGUUGUGCUAAGGAGGGCUUGAACAGAGGUGCUUGGACAGCUCAAGAAGACAACACUCUCAGAGAAUACAUCAGAAUCCACGGUGAAGGCAAAUGGAGAAACCUUCCCAAAAAAGCAGGUCUGAAGAGAUGUGGCAAGAGCUGCAGGCUUCGGUGGUUGAAUUACCUGAGACCAGACAUUAAGAGAGGUAACAUAUCACAGGACGAAGAAGAACUCAUCAUUAGGCUUCACAAGCUUUUAGGGAACAGAUGGUCUCUGAUCGCUGGAAGGCUUCCAGGGCGAACAGACAAUGAAAUAAAGAAUUAUUGGAACACAAAUCUAGGAAAAAAACAUCAAACCCAACAAACCAGAACUGAUCCAGAUCCUAAUCUUUGUUCAACUUCAAAGCCAGUACCCAACAACAUCAAGGUUUCCUCCAACACAGGAGCCUGCUCAUCUCCAUCGCCAUUGAAGAUCAUGAACUCUCAUGAUCAUGAUGUGAUCCGGACCAAGGCGUUUAGGUGCUCUAAAGUCCCUCUCACCCCAGUAGUACUGCAGGCACAGCCAAACAAGCACCAACAUUCCAUAAAUAAUAAGCCCGCCGAAUCCGGUGCGUUAAUGGAUGAGUUUUUUCCAUUUUCAUGUCAAGAAGAAGAUCAUCAAGAUCAUAAUCACUCGUCGAUUUUCGGAGACAUUUGCUUGUCGGAUCUUCUCAACUGGGACUUCUCAGAUGUCUCUGACUUCAUUUUCAGUGACAACAACAGCAACGAUUUGUCUCCUUCUUCAGACCAACAACCUCUUUGCGUUUCAGAGGAAAUGCUGCAAGAUUGGACAGCUAGUAAUUGUGUUCAAACCAAUGUAGUGGCUCCUAAUAUCCAGGGCGUCUCUUCACUUCUUAAUUCAGGAGGGGAAUUGCUUUAAGAAUAAUACAGGGUGUAGUCAAAGCUGGGUCAAAAUAUGUUGAUUCAACGUCGUUUCCGGAUUUCAGUACUGCUCAUAAUUUCAGUUCUGUAAGAUGUUAUUUAUGACUCUUGUUUUUGGUGAUCAGGAUCUGUGUUAAGCAGCUUCCUAAUUAAUUAAAUAAAAUAAAGCAGAAUUAAUUAUUGUCCC